ACCAGUUUCGGAAGGGGGCGGUUUGCACGCGCACACGGCAAGGUCCGUGUUGUGGGGUUGACCGAGGGCGUGGUGCAGUGGAUGUCAUGGUGGAGCUGCUUUCUCUGUAUACCUUUUUGCCUUCGCAUGCGCCUCUCGUGGCUUUCGGUGUUGGUCAGGGCCAGUGGGCCAUGUGGACUAAGUGUCAAGCUACUGUGGCUCUUCGCCAAGUGGUUGCGUUGGCGGGUUUGCAGCCCGAGGAGUACGCGCUGCACUCCCUGAGAAUUGGGGGCGCAACUUUCUUGGCGGCGGAGGGGGCUUCGCCGGAGGGCGUUGGUCGGGGGAGCGUAGUUACCAGUGUUACGUUCGGAAUGUUUGUUGGGGGUGACGCUUCGUGGGUGUCAGAGGUGUUGGCGAACAAGGAGAAGGUGACUACACAGCCAGGGCAAGGUACCCGAUGGGGUGACGUGUGAAGGGGUUCCGUGGCACGUUGUGUAUGUCGAGAUCCUUGUUGUACCGAUGGUAUUUUGCUGUACAUAUUGUAUGCCGUAUAUAUUGUACGUUGUAC